GAGAUUGACGGAUUGGUUGGGACCUUUAUUUUUUGUCGAAGCGUCAGCUCCGGGUCACGUGUGUGGAUUGUGAAGAUGGCGGCGCCCAGUGAGCUGUUCUGCUGGAAGGAUGGUUUUGGUUUACCGUCAGUAAACACGGACUGUCUCAUCGUGCUGGCAUACGCUCGCUUUGCUGGAGCUCCGCUCAAAAUUCACAAGAUUUCUAACCCCUGGAGAAGCCCCACAGGUUCACUUCCUGCUCUCAGGACCAAAGAUGAAGGCAGCUGCUCCCAACCCAGUCAGAUCAUCAUUCAGUUGAGGAAACAGAAAUACAAUGCAGACUAUGAUCUCUCGGCCAAAGAGGGCGCAGACACUCUGGCCUUCAUCUCACUGCUGGAGGAGCGACUGCUACCUGCACUGAUCUAUGCUUUAUGGAUCGAUCCUAAAAACUAUGUUGAGGUGACACGCCGCUGGCAUGGAGAGAAUAUGUCCUUCCCGCUCAACUUCUUCCUGCCGGGCCGCAUGCAGAAUAGGCAGCUUGAGCGACUCCGCCUGAUCCGGGGAAACAGUUCGCUGGAGGCGGGAGAAGAGGCAGAGAGGGAGCUUUACCACGAUGCUCUGGAGUGCCUCAAUCUUCUCUCUCAGCGUCUGGGAUCGAACAAAUUUUUCUUUGGUGAUUCGCCCUCUUCUCUAGAUGCAUAUGUCUUUGGUCAUCUAGCUCCGCUUAUUAAGAUCCGGCUGCCUAACUGCCAACUGCAGCAGAACUUGAAGAAUCUGGACAACUUGAACACAUUUUGCUGUAACAUCCUGAGCUUGUACUUCCCCAGCGAGAGUAAAGAGGGCGUCAAUCGUCCGAUGUCCAGCACACAGCAGGGGAGCGACUUUGACAACGAGCCAUACAAGAGACGCAAGCAGCUGCUGUCAGUGCUGGUCGCAGUGGCAGCGAUGCUGAGCUACGCUCUCUUUACCGGCAUAGUAGCUAUUGAGCAUGUGCAGGAGGAGGAGCCUGUAGGCCCCGCCUCACUCAGAGGCCCCUCCCAUGAGGAAGAGGAGGAGUGAAUGAGGAUGAAUGAAAGUAGGACUUUUUAGUUGCACUAGGAUGGUUAAAGAAAACACAGGAACAACAUAUUGUUGGGGAUUCAUGUAUUAUUUAUUCCUUGAGCUUUAAUUGCAUGAUAAUCUUUGGUUUUAUAUCUUAUUUUUUCCAUAGAGCUGCACUCGUUGCUUUUAUCUUUUUGACUGGGUAUAUUCACCUGUGUUUUCUUUUCUUUUACCGAAAAAAAUAAAAAGCAGAACUGUUUAUGGCUACAAAUGUUAAGCUAAGUUUAGCUGAGAAAGCACUUAAAACUUCACCGUCGUCACCAACCUCAACGUUCAUUGUGUGGACCAAAACAUAUAUUACAGUUUGAAAUGGCUUUAUGAUAAUGAGAAUGAGAUUUACAUCUCUUACGUGCUAUUGCCUUAUUUGAAGCUCUGUGUUUUUCUUUCAACACAUUUUAUUUGCUUACCUGCAUUUUUCUGCUCUGCUGUCAGUACUGGUCUGCUGUUUUAUACUUCAGAGAGAUUAAUACUUAUGUUAAUGUGAUGAUCCUAUUGCGUGAAAUAGGAAAUUACCAAUAUUUAAUGACUUAAAUCACCAAAAACAUAUAAUUUAUUCUACUUCAUGUCUCAUUCCAAACCUGUGCGACUUGGUUUCUCAUGUGAAAUACAAAAGGAUAUAUUAUGUAAAAUGUCGACAUUGAUUUCCUCUCAAUUAAAGUGCAGAUUUGUGCUCCAGAAGGAGAAAAAGUAGUUCAAACAACUUGUGAUCUAUUUUCUAAAUAUUCUACAACCAUACUUUAUAUAAUUGUUCACUAAAAAUAUCCCUCUUGUCUAUUGGAACUUAUAUGCACUAUAUAUAUUCUUAUUCAAAUAUGCACAUGCAUGUUAAAAUUUGGAUCAGCAUGUCUGAUGACAUGUGAGAACCAAUAGUGCUUGGAAUCACUAAUUUGUGCAUUGCACAUUUGAAUGUUGUGCCAGAAUGAUUAUUAUGGCACAUUGUAUAGAAAACACUGACUUAAACAGGAUGAUUAAAAAGGUCUUCUUUUGUGACAAUCAUACAGGUUCACAACAACACAAGGGUGAAUACAAUUUUUGAAUAAGCGAACCCUUUAAACACUUUCAGCUUACUGCAAACUAUAAAGAGAAACUGUUUUACAUUAUCGAGGAUUAGAAAUGGCACUUGUGUAUUUUUUAGGAGAACGUAACCGAUUAUUAAAGCCAAAAGUUACUGUCCAAAGAAAUCUUGCUGACAGACCACAAAACUGGCUAAGAUGUUUCAGUUCCUGUAACUUUCCAUUAGGUCCAUGGCAGUUAAACUAGAGGAGAGUGAAUUUUUUUUUUUUUUUUUUAAUCUAGUUAAACUUUUUAAAAGAGAAACAAUGGAUUAAUGGAGAUGGCUGAUUUUGGUUUUGUUACUUAUUGUUUGUUGUCAUUUUUUAUUUUUUAUCUUUGUUUUAGACCAUGAAGAUCCAAAACUACUUCACUGGUGUGUUGAUAUGUGUGUAUUCACUCAUAGACUAGAUUCUACAGAGAUGGACAGGAAACUACAGAUUCAACCGUUAGUUAAUCUCAUUACACAAGGUGUUACGGGCUGUAAAUAUAUAUUGCUUAUGGAGUUCUAUUUUCAUACUUUAAUGGGCAAAUAAAUGAUCCUGAAUAAUC